ACGUCCACCCAACGUGGCUUGCACAUGGGAUUCUUUGAGCCGUUGGAGGUUUCAUUAAUAUUGUUUUAUCAAAAGGUUACAAUAUUACUGUUACGAACUAUGUGCGUUUCAUGUUCUUACAUGUUUAUUUGUUUACUUUCAGAUAUGUCUAUGUCUCCGAUUAUUAACAUUCUAGCCAACAAUCCUCUCACCGGUCCAAAUUACACUGAAUGGAAACGCCAUAUUAUGUAUAUUCUUGACGCUGAUGAGCACAGUUUUGUGCUUACCACUCCACGUCCCGCGGCCUUAACUGAUGAGUCGACUGAUGCGGAACGUGAGGCGCAUAAAAGGUGGCACAAGUCGAAUAAUAUGGCCAAGUGCUAUAUUAUGAUGACUAUGUCGCAAAAUUUGCAACUCCAGCAUCAGGUCAUGGAUGACGCAGCGACCAUCAUGUUAAACCUCAGCGAGGUUUAUGGGGAGUCCGAGAGGUCUGCUCGUUUUAACUUGAUGAGAGAAAUCUUAUCUUGUAAAAUGAGCGAGGGCAGCUCGGUGCACGAUCAUGUCAUGCAUAUGACAAAUCUGUUUGACAGGCUUGAUCUGCUAGGAGGGGGGUAUCGAAGGCGAAGCCAAGGUCGAUAUCAUCCUCAAUACUCUCCCCAAGACUUUUGAGCAUUUCCGUCUCAAUGUCGUUAUGAGCAAGGCCAACUAUACUCUUAAUGAGUUGUUGAAUGCUCUAGUUUCGGCAGAGGGGGUCAUGGGCACGCGCAAUGGGAAAGAGGUCCUUGUUGCUGCCAAGGGAUCUACUUCUUCGUCGAAAGGCGGGAAAAAGAAGUGGAAAGGUCCAAAGGGCAAGCAUGACCAUGAGGCUAGUGGGAGCGGUAAAGCCAAGGUUGAUGGCCCUAGCGGCGGCGUGAACAAGCCGACAGCCAAGGGAAAGUGCUUCAAGUGCGGCAAGGUUGGGCAUUGGAAGAAAGAUUGUCCAGUGCUCAAGGCAAAGGGACAAGGGGUUCAACCCAACAAGGGAGCUGGCAAGUGAUGAGAUCACCAUCUCCAUGGGCAAUGCGUCGAAGGUCGCAGCUGUUGCUAUUGGAGAUUUAUCUUUAUGUUUUGGUGAUGACAUUUUAGUUUUGAGAG